AUGUCGUCGACACCUACUACUUCUAUCAAUCCAUCAUCAUCUCGUGUUCAAUCGGCUAAUAAAAUAGCACAAGAACAAACACCAAUAGAAAAUAACAAUGCAAUUACAGAAAAAACAUCGCGUCCACCAUCUGCAUCACAAAAAAUUGAAACUAAUAUGUCAACAACACCCGUAACUGCUACUACUGAUAAUGGUAUAUCAUCAGAUGUUCCUGCUAUCGAAAAAGAAGAACCAGUUUCAUCAACAGUAACUUCUUCAUCUGAACGUCCACAAUCAGCAGCAAAGAAUGAUCUUAUUGUUAAUCCAAUUCUUAAUUCAACAAAUGAUGAAUCAAAGACUUCAAGACCAUCUUCGGCUAAUCCAAAAGCAGCUGAAUCAUCUGUAACUGCUCCAGCAAGUUCUAGACCAUCAUCGGCUAAUACAAAAGUAGCUGAAUCAUCUGUAACUGCUCCAACAAGUUCUAGACCACCCUCAGCUAAUCCAAAAACAAAUGAUUUAAGUUCACAUGGGUACACUCUUAAUACAAAUAAUUCACGGCCAACAUCAGCAAGUCAAAAAAAUGCUGAAUCAACUACAGCUGCUCCGACAAGUUCCAGACCACCCUCAGCUACUCCAAAAGCAAAUGAUUUAAGUUCACAUGGGUAUACUAUUAAUACAAAUAAUUCACGACCACCUUCAGCAAGUCAAAAAGUUGCUGAACCAUCUACAACUGCUCCAAUAAAUUCCAGACCACCAUCGGCUAAUCCAAAAACAAAUGAUCUAACUUCGCAUGCAAAUACUAUUGAUACAAAUAAUUCACGACCAACAUCAGCAAGUCAAAAAAAUCUUGAAUCAACUACAGCUGCUUCAACAAGUCCAAGACCAUCAUCAGCUAGCCAAAAUACAGAUACAACAAAAUUAAACAAUUCAAGUAAUACUCCUGCUUCGACCAAUUCUCGACCACCAUCAGCCAGUCAAAAAACAGAUUCAAUAAAUACAAAUAAUGCUACAAGUCCUCGAACAAGUUCAAGACCACCAUCGGCAAGUCAAAAACUAAAUGAAACAACUACAGAUGAAUCUGCUACUGAACAACAAAAUGAUUUAGCUCAAGUUAAUUCAAAUGAUUCGAAUAUAACACAACCAAUCAUUGGACGUCCAUCUUCAGCAGCUAAAAUGACACCAACUGAUGAAUCAAAAAUUAUGAUUACUGUUGAUACUAAUGAUUCACUUAAUACUCAAACAGAAAAUGCACCAUCAUCUAAUGAAAAUAAAUCUGUCGAACCUAUUUCAACGACACCACGUAUUGGUUCAGCUUCAAAAAAUCUUCAAACAUCAACAACAACAGAAAAUAAUAGUUGA